CCGGCCGGCCGGACCGGCCGCGGCUGGUGGUGGACACUGGGGGCCCGAGGGUCGCUGUGCGGCCGCCGACCGGCCCUCUGCCGCGGCGCCGAGUGGCGACACCUCGCAGAGUCUGAGCGGAGCCGGGCCCGAUCGGCCGGCGUCUCCCGAGCCGCUGCUGUCCAGAGGCCGCCGCUCAGUCGCGUGGACAGAGGCACGGGCCGACGGCGAGUUUUUAUCAAGUGACUGCGUGAGGCGACUCGGGUGCCUGGUGAGCGGUUGCGUUUCAGUGUUUUACGAGUUGCAGAAUGUGUCCUCGGCGGCCGGGCUCUGCGUAUGCGUAUCGAUAAACAGACUGGCCCUGGCUGUCAAAGGAUCUGGGACGCGUCUUCCUGGAGUGAGAGGCCUUUUCCGACAGUCGGAGCUCGGACAGACUACCAAGUGCCUAACGGUGAAAACGGUGCCCUAAGGACGGAGUGCCUUUUGAACAGCGAACCUGAGCGUAAUCGGUCAGAAUUGACUGCGUGUGCCUGUCGAACAGUGCCGAUCUCCAGUUGGUCGAAACCAAGUGUCUUUCAUUGAAACCGCAGAAACAAGACUGCAUAUUGCAAUAGAGUUUGUCGGACGAAAUACGGGGUGCUUGUAAGACAGGAGUGUUGAGUGACUGUGAAGUGAGACUCGGUCGGUCAGAGACGGCGCAUUCCUGAUCCAUGCUCACAGGUUCCUUUGUGUUCCGUGAUACCGGUUGCUCAUUGUGUUCUCAUCUUACCUGCAGCUGCCCUCGGUUCUACGGGGCUACAUAUAGCGGGUAUAACUAGUGAGCCCCAGCAGUCCCACAUCACCCACAGAAUCUCCGGUCCAUAAUCCCGCUGUACCCAGUUCUGGUCCCGUCUCCAGCGGCCCAACCAUGUCUCAGCAGCUUUGAGCUUCGAUUCCUUUCCCAGCAGCCCGGGUCUCUCCUCUUGCUGUCCCACCAGCUCCGACCCCUUCCCAGCAGCUCCAGCUCCUCCUCUCAUAGUCCCAGCAGCUCUGGUCCCGUCUCAGCAGCUACUUCCGGCCAUCCCAGCUCCGCACGGCUCACGGCCGUCUGCUGAUCGUUUAGCGGCGGCCGGACCUGCUGAGCGUGACUGAGCAGCCGGCGCAGGAUGGCCGUGCCGGUACCCAAGGGCGAGGACUUUGGCCGCCGGCAGCGGUCGCGGCGCACGCUGGUGCUCGCCGCCGUGUUCCUCGUCUACCUGGCGCUCGGCGGCGUCGUGUUCGGCCGACUCGAGGUCUACGAGAAGGAGCGCACCGUGCUGCGGACAGAACCCGCCUGGCGCGCGCUGAAAGAUCACCUCAACGUGACGGAGAGUGCCGGCAUCCAGGAACAGCCGCCGCCAGCGGAUGACCCUGGCGUGGACCGGACGGGGUCAGAGCAGGACCCGAGGUCGGGUCUCGAGUCUGAGCCAAACUCCAAGUCAGGCAAUGAGUCCGACACAGCCUCAAGGCCGAAACCUGAGUCAGAAUCGGACCCCAGGUCAGACCCUGCAGCAGAGUCAGACUCCAGGUUGAGCUCUGAGUCAGUGACUAGGUCGAGGUCGAGUCCUGACUCGGAGUCGGACUCAUGGACAGCUCUGAAGGCAGCUGCCGUGGCCAAGUGCGAUCCAGAGACGGCGGCAGAGAUUGGCUACGGUCACAUCUCGCCGUCAUCUGCGGGCGGCCAGAUCUUCUGCAUCUUCUACUCUCUGUUGGGCAUCCCAAUCAGCGGCCUGCUCCUGGCCGGCCUCUCGGACUUCUUCGCCGGAAACCUGCUCAACUUCUACGACUCCAAGUGGCAGAAGAGAUGGGGUGAAUCCAGAUGGAGUCUGGCCGGUUUCACGGCUCUGUACCUGCUGGUCGGCUUCCUUCUAUUUGUGUUCGCCCCGGCCGUGGUGUUCACCUGGCUCGAGGGCUGGAACUACCGCGAGUCCGUCUACUACGCCUUCAUCACGCUCUCCACCAUUGGAUUCGGAGACUACACCGCAGCGAUCGCGAACGACGACGCCUGGACCACCGUCUACAAGGUGUUUGUCAUGCUCUGGGUGCUGAUCGGCCUCGGCUACUGGGUGCUCGUGCUCAACUUCCUACAGAAGGCGCUCAAGUCCAAGGAGGUGGUGGCCGGACUGCGACAGACCUCCAAGCUGAUCGCCAAGGAGGCCGAGGACAUCCGGCAGGCUCUGGUCGACGCCGGCAUCCUGCAACGUGACGCCGUCUUUGUGCCCGAACACUCCAAGAUGACCAUGAACCUGAUGAUGAACAUGAGUUCGAUGUUGGCGGUCGGUGGCCCCCACGCGGACGGGGCGGGGGCAGAGGCCGGCGCCCCGGCGCCGCACCUCGGCGAGGUACGCGGCAUCCACUCGAUGGGCGCCUCGUUGCGCUCUAACAGUCUGCUCAGCGCGCUGAUGGCCUCCCUGCCGCCGUCUGCCGCGGCCGCGCCCCAGACGCCGGCGGCCGCCCCGGUCACAGCUGAGGGCGCCGCCGCACUGACGCCCCUGCUGGAGCAGCGUGCAGAGGAGAGCUCUGUAGAGCAGCGUGCAGAGGAGAGUGCCGGGGGCGAGGACACGGAGGAGGGCACUGGGGGACAGGGCACGGAGCAGUGUACUCGGGGACAGGGUACAGCUGAGAGUCCUGCGGACCAGCGCACAGAAGAGAGCCCCGUCUGAGCUACUGGGACAGUCGCGCUCGUCUGAGCUGCUGGGGUGCGGCCCGGCGUCCCGUUUUAGGUGAUGAGACAGCCCUGGAAUUCCGUGUGAGGUGGUGUGAAAGUGCUAAAUAUGUAAGUCCCGAUUGACUUGGUGGGCUACCUUGAAUGUCCGUCGAAUUGGAGGGGCAGGGGAAGUAUGCUGGGCCUCGUUCGUUCCGAGAGCCCCUAGGCUGGCCUGAUUGUCGAGGGAGCAAUAAGACAGUGCCAGAUAUCCCCCGCAGGUGAGCUAAAGCGGAUAUGAAACGUUUUAAGGUAAACUUUCAUUCCACAUCGACUCGAGUUGUUUGUUUUAGAACUUCUCUUUUCUUACUGUCACAUGAGAACGUAGGAUUUAGAAGGGUUGUAUGUAGAUUUGCUAUUGCUAUUCUUUGGCUAUUCUUGUAGUUAGUUGAAGAUGACGCGCUUUUUCAUACGUUAUUUUAAGAUCUUAGAAGCUUGACGAAUCACUAGUGUGCCUAUCAACCGUUUACGGACAAAUCUUUUAAAUCCUGAUUAGAUAUGUGCAUGCGUUGGGAUAUCAGACUCAGACAAUAGGUACUGAACGAGACAUCUGAAAUAUUUUGAAUAUCAUUAAGUACCUAACUAUGUAUUAGGAUCCAUGACAACGUGUUGAAUUUAAAUACGUGUUUUGACUGCUUUGUAUGUUUGCACUCUGCUCAAGCAAUGGUGCUGAACUGAAAUGACUGUGUCGCUUUUGAGAACAUUGAGUAUUGAUAAUAAUACAUUAAAAAGAACUUA